UCAGUAUGCUGUGUGAAGGCAAAGGCAAGGUAAGGGAAAUAGAGGGUGUGGAGACACCGAUUUAUGAGUACACGAAGAAAAAAAAACAAGAAAAGAAAGACUGAAAGAGGACAGCAGAGAGAGAGAGCGAGAGAGAGAGAGAGAGAGAGAGCGAGAGAGAGAGCGAGAGAGAGAGCGAGAGAGAGAGAGAGGAAAGAAAGAAAGAAAGAAAGAAAGAAAGAAAGAAAGAAAGAAAGAAAGAAAGAAAGAAAGAAAGUGAGAGAGACAGAGAGAGACUACUCAGUGCUACAGGCCCUCACCAUGGUGGAGGAGUGUGUGGUUCCAAGGCCUCGGGGCAGUGCACCGGCGGUGUGUGCAGUGGUGUUGAGCAGUCUUGCACUAGUGGUGGGUUGGCUGCUGGACUCCAGGCUAAUGAGAGAGACAACAGGGCUUGUUGUAGUGGCUCUGAGUCUGGGUGUGACAGUCCACAGCCUAUGCCUGCUUACUGAAGAGUGGCUGUUUCAUUCACAACAGAGGUAUGGUGGCAGCAUCCAGCGGAUGCUCUGGGCCUGUUUCAACAGUGCUACUCUAGGAGGUGUGUGUGUGGUCAUUUUGCUGCUGUUGGUGGGAGGUUUUCAGUGGACACAUGACCAGUGUGUCUUAUGUGUCAUAACCAGCGCAGUCUUCCUACUUCUGAAGAACCUCAGAGUUCUGGGCCCUGCACCAGUAGAGAUCUCAGAGGUGUGUGAGAGCAGGCAGCUGAAUGUAGCUCAUGGCUUGGCCUGGUCCUUUUACCUAGGUUAUCUGAAACUUGUAAUACCAGAGCUCGAGCAACAGAUAAAGAAACACUACAACCAGACCGGAGAGAUUCCCCAUUCGUCCCGGCUUCACAUUCUCCUCCCUCUGAGCGCAAAGGCCCCGGCAAAGAUAGAGGAAGAAGAUCAUAAUGUACUUUUCCAUCAGAACCUCCCAGAAAUGCAGCUCAACCGUGCCGGUGUCAGAAAGAGAGUUUACAAACACAGUAUCUACAAAAUCACUGACCACGAACAGGAGUAUUACUGUGUGGUGGAGUACGCCACACCUCUGCUCACCCUCUAUCAGAUGUCUCAGGACAGCACUGCAGGGUUCAGUGAGCAUGACAGGAGACAGCAGGUCCUGCUCUUCCACAGGACUCUCAGCCACAUCCUGGAAUGUUCUCUAGAGUGUCGCAACCGUUACCGCCUUAUCCUGAUCGAUGACCAUCAAGCUGCCGAAGAACCUCACUAUCUGUCCAAGGAGAUCAUCAGACACUUACUGCAGCAGGAGCAUGAGAUCCCCAUGGACCUGCUGGAGGAGCUGCCACAGCCUGUACCUGAACAGGGGGUGAAUAUGGCUCCACUUAAUUUUCACCACCAGGAGAAUGAUCCACUCAGCUCUCUGCCCAGCCUCAUGAUUAGCGCACCACAAUCUCUGAGAUCAGAACCUGUGGAGAAUACAGACUACACCCAAAACCACUACAACCACAAUAGAUACAGAUAAACUAACCUCAUGUACAUAACACAUUUUUAUCCGAUACUGUAUCUUUACUUUUUAUACUUAACAUAUUAUAUAUUACAAUAAAUGUCUUUACUAUGUGAAUUCCCUUACUUUGGGC